ACCAUAAUUGAUUGUUUUCCAAAGUAUACGAACGUAAAGGAAACAUUAUGGUCGCGUUUUAGGAAAAAAUUAUUUAAUUAUCAACUUAUUUCUUACGAACUUCUAAUAAGAUAAGGUUCCGGUAAUCUUAUCGACUACUUCCGGUAUUUUUAUUGUUUUAUAGUAAUUAUUUUAGAGUCUAGAGUGAGUUUCGUGAAUUAUUAUUAAAAAUGUCACAAAGCGAAAAAGACUAUAAGGAGCGACUGAUAGCGAUAGUGAAAAAAGAGGUGAAGCAAUUAAUGGAAGAAUCAGUCACUAAGAAAUUCGUCCACGAAGAAAGCGGCUGUGUAACGUCGUUGUGUGGAGCUGUAGAGGCCUGCCUAUCACAGGGUUUAAGAAGAAGAGCUCUUGGUUUGUUCAAAACGUCUUCGACAACGGCUCUUUUACACAAAAUAGCCAAGCACAGCCCCGAAGCGGCUAAGAUAUCUAAGAAAGUUGAAGAAUUGGAAAACGCAGAUCCAACUAGGAGAUCUUCUAGCAGUAGCGAUAGCGUCACCAAACCAACUUUGAAGAAAAAUACUUCUUUACCUAGUAAUCCGCUGCCAAAGUAUCUCUGGAUAAGAUUAGCCCUAUUUGACAAACAGCUAGCCAAAAUAAUAGAUUACUUAGUAUCAAACGCUCAAAAGUAUUACGAUAAAGACGCUUUAGUAGCAGAUCCAGAAUACGGAACAAUUCUAAGUUCAUUAAUGAUGGGUCCUUGCGCUUUGGACUACUCCAGAAUGAAGAACCACGACCACUAUUGGACGGAUCCGCCAGCUGACGAAUUAGUACAGCGACAUAGAAUUUCUAGUGCCCAUUCAACACCGCCUUCAGUUCGUAGACCGAUACUGAAUUUUAGAAGGUCCUUGAAUACCAGCUCUGAAGAUGUUAUUACUAAUCGGUCCGCCACUCAACAGAUAGCCAAAGAUUACGUGGAAACUCUACAUCAAAAUUCGAAAGCUACUUUACUUUUUGGGAAAAACAACGUAUUAGUUUUACCCGUAAAUUCGGAUUUAUUGAAACCUAUACCCGGAUAUUUAAGUUUGCAUCAAAUGGCGUCAGGAUUAGCUAUUAAAUGGACGCCUAAUCAACUAAUGAAUGGUUUUGUCGAAGAAGCCUAUGACAAAAGUAUUUACUGGGAUUAUGCAUUGAACGUUCGAUUAGACGAGAUAGUUUACGUCCAUUGUCAUCAGGAUAGUGAAACGGGCGGCACUGUGAUAUUAGUUGGACAAGACGGUGUACAAAGGCCUCCGAUACAUUUCCCUAAAGGUGGACACAUGUUAGCGUUUCUAAGUUGUAUAGAAACGGGAUUAUUACCUCACGGUCGGUUAGAUCCUCCAUUAUGGUCUCAAAGGACAGGGAAAAACCACACGAAAAGAAGAAGACCUUUAUCGGCUUUAACGGAAAUGCAAGAAAAUAGUAAAGAUUACGUUUUUAGGAUUAUUGAUAAUACAUGUAAUCACAAAGAUAUAUUAAAACGUAAUCAACUGUUAGACACGCACGCUUCAUUGCCUACAAAAGUUAGGUUACAAUUAGGUAGUACCAGCACAAGUUCAGAAAGUUCUUCUAAGAGCUUCAGUUUAGAUCAGAACGUUCCUGAUAGUCCUCCGAGUGUUUGCAUCCAAGCCGUAUGCGAUUCAAUGAAAAGACAGAUUAUUUCCAGAGCAUUCUACGGAUGGUUGGCGUAUUGUCGGCAUCUUUCCACAGUCCGGACACAUCUUAGCGGACUUGUUAACACAAAAAUAGUAAAUGGCGAAGGUGCUAACGAAGGAAUAACACCAGAAAAAUGGAAAGAAUUAUGUUUAGAUGGUGUAGUAUCUGAUUAUGCCGAAAUUUAUAGGUUAACUUAUUUUGGUGGAAUAGCUCAAGAAUUGAGGCACGAAAUUUGGCCGUAUCUACUUGGUCAUUACAAAUUCGGAAGUACUUCUGAACAGAGAAACGAAUUGAGCGAAGAAACAAGACAAGCGUAUGAAAAUACGUUGUCGGAAUGGUUAGCAGUAGAAGCGAUAGUAAAACAAAGAGAUAAAGAGAACCAAGCACACGCUAUAGCUAAAUUAAGUAGUGAGAGUACUUCAACUGAACAAGUACCGCCCCCAGUACAAGAAGAAUUAUGUAACGAAGUGUUUGCAGAUGGAGUUAUAACUGACGAAGAAGAUGAAGAAGAAUCGUUAGAAGAAGAUAAAGAAAGGAAUAAGAAAGAGUCGAUACAAAAUAAGCAAAAUACUAUUAAAUAUGUUAGCGACGAAGAAGAUUCGGGAAAAGAAGCUGAAAAUAUAAUUGAUACAAUUGAUGAAACUGAUCAAAUAUGUAACGAUACGGAUGAAAUAGUAUCAGAUACGAAGCAAGAUAACGAAAAAUCUUUGGUAAAAAUAAAUGAAGAGCUAAAAGACUUUAUCCAUAAUGUGAUUGUAAUAAAUGCGAGCGUGGAUAUAUGUAAUUUAGGAAACGAAAGUCCAAGGAUGUCCAACCUCGAUGCAGUUACAGAAGAAAAUAAUUCUUCUUUAGAUACAUGUAUAGAAACCCAUGGAUUAGCUUCACCGGCUAGAUCUGCUUGCGUAUCACCUGCCAGCUCUAACGGAGGCGUAUACAGUCAAGAGCUUCUCGAAACGUUCGGCCUAAAUUUACAUCGAAUAGAAAAAGAUGUACAAAGAUGUGACAGAAAUUUUUGGUAUUUCAUGGAAAAGGAAAAUUUAGAUAAAUUGAGAAAUGUGAUGUGCACGUAUGUUUGGGAACAUUUGGAUAUUGGGUACAUGCAGGGUAUGUGUGAUUUAGUAGCGCCCCUGUUGGUAAUAUUCAACGAAGAAUCGUUAACUUACGCCUGUUUUUGUCAUUUAAUGGAAAGAAUGGUUGAAAAUUUUCCCAAUGGAAACGCCAUGGAUUGUCAUUUCGCCAAUAUGAGAUCGCUGAUACAAAUUUUGGAUUCGGAAAUGUACGAAUUGAUGCAAUCUCAUGGAGAUUAUACGCAUUUUUAUUUUUGUUAUAGAUGGUUUUUAUUGGAUUUUAAACGAGAACUGAUGUAUCCUGAUGUUAAUGCUACUUGGGAGGUUAUUUGGGCUGCACAACAAGUAGCUUCGGCACAUUUCGUUUUAUUUUUAGCCCUUUCCCUUUUGGAAACAUACAGAGAUAUUAUCAUUUCCAACGGGAUGGAUUUUACUGAUAUUAUUAAGUUUUUUAAUGAAAUGGCCGAAAGACAUAAUGUACAAUCAGUAUUACAAUUAGCCAGAGAUCUGGUUCUUCAAUUACAAAUACUUAUAGAAAACAAAUGAAUAUAUCGAAUUUCGAAAAAUUCUACAAAAAAAUCUAGAUUUAAGUAAAAGAAAUAUACGAGGUGGGCAAUCUAUAAUACAAAAAUCUGUAGGUUAAUCACCUUCUAAAACAUAAGGAUGCGACGCUGAACUGUCUAGUAGAUUUUUUAGUAAGACAAAAACAAAAUCAAUGGAAAGAUGUGAUUAAAUGUGAAUUUUUAUUUUUGUACGAAAAAUUUUCAUUUAACGAGAUAUAUUAAAUAGAUAUAUAUAUGAAAAAAAAGUAUAUUUUGUUAUACUAUGGAAAAUAUACGGUAUUUACCUACUUUAUACGUUUGGGUUUGUUAGUUAAAAUAUAAAUUUAUAAUUGCAAAUCACCUAGACACAUCUACCACAAUAUAAAUUUUCAUUACCCACAUUUUUCAAAAAAAGGUGAUCCAGUCUCUAGGAUAGAUAGAAAACUGAUAAAUUUUUGAGGUUUGCUCAGUAAAAAAUUUUCGUAUUCAAGAUAAAGGACGUUGAAGAAAAAAAUUCAUAUUUUUUAAAGAUUUUUACGCAACUACUGGCAACAAUGUAUUCAAAUUUUAUACGAAUAUAUUUUAGAAGGUGAUCCAUCCAAUGAAUUUGUUUUAAUGUCUGACUCUCAUAGAGGGCGCUAGUUACACGGUUCGUACCAACUAGUAUUAGCAUAACUUUUUAAAUAUUAGAUUUAUUAAGCAAAAUUUCAAUUUUGGAUUUAAACAUCAUUUAAUUUUACACCAAGAAGUUACUCUUGAUAAAACUCGAUACUGUAUAAAUAUUUGUAUAAAAUUUUUUCUUCAACGCACUUUUUCUUGAAUACGAAAAUUUUUUACCGAGCAAACCCCAAAUAUUUUACAGUUUUCUAUCUAUCCUAGAGACGGUAUUACCUUUGUUGUUAAUUUGGCAACAUUACAUAUUUAUUUAUAUAAAAAAAUAGUUAUUUCUUAUACAACGGAAAAAGUAUUUGAUUUUAGCUUGUAUAAAACACAAUUUUUUAUGUGGUAGCUUAAACGAUGAUUUACUGUUGCAAAAAUUAUAUUAAUACAAUAAUCACAUAACGAAAUUUUCGACGUGAGUUUGAAUUAUGAAAUUAGUAAUUGUAGGCAUUCACUGGCGGAUAUUUUCCUUUAGCUGACUGAUAGCCCUCGGAUUGUUUAUGUAGACUUUACAUUUGAGGUAUCCCCACGAAAAAAAUUAAGAGUCAAGUUAUCACCUCUUUUGGGAAUUAGUCUUGCAGGAAACAUCUGUGUAACAGUCGCCAUUUGAUAUGUGACAAGACGCCCUGCAUCUUAUUGGAAACAAGUUCUCGUAUAUGCUAUUUUUGAUCUAGCGAAUUUUGGAGUCAAAUAUCUCUCUAAAAUCGCAACAUAGAGGUCGGUGUUAACGGUGAUGUUUGUUAAAAUUACUGUCCAUACCGUUACUUGUUUUAUGUUUGGAUUUUUUUCGACAAUUUUGUCGGUUUACGAACUUAUUUAAACGAAAAUUUGAAAAAAAGAUGUUGUCAAAAGUGGAAAAUCGACUAAGCAUUUCGUCAGCAAAUGCUACAAAGUCGGUAUCUUUUAAUUCCUGUGUUAACUGGAGCUUAUAAGGAUGCAGUUUAAUAUCAAACUUCAAAAUUCGCUGUAAACUUCGUAGCAACAAGUUAAAGCCGCCGAUCGCUUCAGAUUGGAUAAAAGCGGAUUUUUUUCGUACUGACCCAACUCCAAGAGGAGUUCUUGGACGACCUUUUGCUGGUGUUUUAAACGUGGAACCGGUAUCUUCAAAACGCUUAACCCAUAUUUUGAAAUAAUGUUUGCAGGUGGAUGUGUCUUCAAUAAAAACGGUUAUGUGUUUUAGCUUAACCCAUUAGUGACCACCUGCAACUAAAGUCGCGUGACAAUUUAGAAUUUUCUGAGAAUCAGAAAUUUUCAUGACAAUCUUUGAAUAUUGAAAUGGCGGAGGUAAAAUAUGAACAGUUAGACUAGUUGACGAUAUCAUGUGACUAAUAGUGAAAGGGAGUUGUUUUGAGUAACUCUUUUUUUUGGAGGUUAUAUGCUUGAUUUCAUUGUGGAAAAGGGAAAGUUAUUUUCUUCCUAAUAGAAUCUAGUGAAUAGUUUUUUAUUAUGAUCAAACAAUUAUGUUCAAAUUUCGAUGCAACUACAGUUGUUGUUGAAAAAACUGAAAAAUUUUCGUAUUUUGCUAUAGAUCGGAUGCAAUUUUACAACGAAAAUUUAUGAAAAAAAAUUCAUAUUUUUGAUAAAUUGAGAAAAAAACUUGAAUAAAGUUGAACUACCCCUACAAGAUAAACUUUCAUUUUCUUGAGAAGUAUGGAAAAAAUGUCAAAUUUAUUAUGGAUAGAAGAAAUGACAAAAAUAUCGUUGCAGUUUUGAAAAAUUGUGUUCUAGGGCCUAAAAAUCCACGAAUAAGUAUUCUAAAAAGAAUCUCCAUUCAAACGACUCUAUUUCAUAUGGGAGAAUUCGAUUUGAUCGAUCAAAUCAUCCCCAUAUGAUAUAGAAUAGGAAUAAGGUCUAAAAAAAGGGGUGGCUUUUUCUGAUUCAUGAAUAUUUGUAUAGGUAUUGCAUAGGUAGUUAGGUUCUAAUGUAUACCAGCGUUGGAUUAAGAAGUAGUGGGGCCUGGGGCUAUAAUUGACCCGGGGUGUACUUAAGUAAAUCGAAAUCAUCUCGAAAGUACAAAAUUUUUAAUUAUUUCAUUAAAAUUCAUACUGUAACAACUCAUUUUCAAAAAAUGGAAAUUUUGCUGUAGAUCCAAUAUUGCUUCUGAAAUAAUUGGACAAAUUAGUGAUUUUGCGGGUCCCCUACGUGCUCGGGGCUUGGAGCUUCAGUCACCGCUAGACCCUCCCUAAAUCCUUUUGAUUGUAAAAAGGGAAUGCAAAUAUAAAGUGUGUGUAUGGUGUUAAAAUCUAACUAUUUACUUAUCUAAGAAAUUUCGGAAUGUUUUUUUGGGUACCACCAACUAUAAAAUAUAAAUUGUUGACGUUUAGACAAAAAAUUGAUGAAAUAUAUUAUUGAUUUUAAUUCAGACUGUAGAUUGAUUGAUAAAAAUAAUUUCCAAAUGAUUUGAUGUCAUUAUCCUGAAUUACUUGGUAGAAAUUAAUCCUUAAGUGAUGAGAAGCAACUUUAGUUGCUUGGGCUUGAUUCCUUUGACCAUUAUUUAUUUAUUCAAGACCAUUUCUAAAGAAACUGUUCAGAAAAAGCUUUGGGCAUGAAUGGGUUAAUCAAUAUAAAUACAAACUUUAUUUUAAUUUAAAUGGCUACGUUAUAAAGAGGACGAAAUGGUUGGAAAAGCGAAUAUAAUUUGAUUUAUAAACAUUGGCACUCGCGCUGACGCUCGCGAUCGUUUGUUUGUGUUUAUAAAACACACUUCGUAACUGUUUAAUUUAUGUUGAACUAAACAAAAAAUUCUUAGCACUUCCUAAAUUAAAUUUUUGUUGUUUCACAUUUUAAAUUGUCUCAAAAUUUAGAAUAAUAGAAAGAAUAUUAGUAAAAUAUGUAGCAAAAUUGUUUAGUGAGGGCACUUUGAACAAAAUACACAAAAAUUAGUAAAUGUAUAAACUAAGUAAGGUAAAUUUGUAACAUUCAAUCUAAAACUAAAAAGCAAAUUAGAAAAAUUGUGAUAAUUUUCUCGAUUAGGACCAUAUUUUUAAACCUCCAUGGUAACAUAAAAUAGUAGAUAGGUUUCAAGAAGAACCUGGUCCAACAGAGAAAACUUAAAAAUUUUGGAAAAAAAUAUAUUUAUUUUUUAAUGUUUUAGCUUCAUACCCUUUCCCCAGUUAUGUUCAAUAAGUUCGAUAACCUUUUUAUAAUAAGAAUCGUCAAGGUCCUCAAAGUAGCCAUUAACUGCCGACAUCACCUCUCCAUUAUUGCGAAAUCUUUCGACCACCGAGCCGGUUUUCAAAUCUGAGAACCGAAAAGAAUUCGAGAGGGUUAAAUCUAGCGAAUAGGGCGUAUUCAAACUUUAAUUAAUCAAUUUUGGCCAUUGCAAUAACGGAUGUGUGAGCUGGUGCAUUGUCUUGAUGAAACAACACUUUAUUCUUAGCCAAAUGCUACCGUUUUUGCUUGAUUUCUUCGCUCAAAUGUUGCAAUAAGUUCGCAUAAUACUCGUCGUUAAUAAGUUUCCAUUUUUCAUUAUACCUAUUCAUUAAAAAUUAUCCCAGGCGCAUCCCAAAAAACCUACGCCAUGAAUUUGUUUGCAGUUGGAACGGUUUUUGCCUUCUUUGGGGCCAGUUCUUUGUUUUGAGUAUUGCUUUUUGGAUUUUCCUCAACAUAUCUGGGGUAGUUGCCUCAUUUGGUCGACCACUGCGAUGCUGGUCUUCGUACGGUCUCGUUUAAACCCUGCUACCCAAUAUUUUAUUGAAUAACCAUGAGCAGUAUAACCUAGAGUAGAAUCUAGUUCAGCUCUUAUAUUGGUUGGGCUUUUAAAUAAAAGUAGUGUAUUACAUAACGAUGACCAAUGUAUUCCAUGUUCAAACUUGAAACAUUUAAUGUAUAGAUUGUGUACAGUGGUAUUUUACAAGCAACUACCGCCAUAUCUAGGUCAGACCAGCUACUUCUGGGACCAUCGUAUAAACUUAACAAAGAAUUGGUCCAAACGAGAAAAGUUAUUCGAUAUACAUUGUUAAAAUCUAGUUUGUAAAAUAUAAUAAAAUAGUUGUUUUGAUAAUUUAUGAUCUAGACAUCGAGUAAUUAGUAUUUGAUACAAAUUUCUUUUAAGUGAUAAGAUGUAUUAGAAAAUGAGUAUUUGAUUCACCAACUACCUCUGUAGAUACAAGAUUAUCAAGAAAAUAAUUUAGAACAGACUUAGUAAUAUACAAAGCGUGCCAAAUAUAAUCUAAUUAACAUUAUAGAAUGUGUAAACAAAUUAGAAAUAUCGCAAUUGUAUAUUGGACUUCUAUCGAAAUAUAUACACAGAAAAUAUCAAACAGCCCUAACUUUUGAAUAAAUAGUUUGGUGGAUUCUAAAGUAAACCAAAUAUAUUCCUAUCAGAUGAAUUAUUGAAUGUUUUCUAAUUUCUUACGAAGUAGCACGAAUCCAUAUGUUAUUUCCCAUUUUCAAAUUUUAUUUGCAAUAUUAGUGAUAGAAGUCGACGUUUUUAUUGAGUUCUUUGUGAUAUUUUCUCUAUCAGAAACAUUAUCAGUUACCCCAUAUAUUAAAUGUUCUAAUUCAAUAUCUGUAUUUUAUUAGAAUUUCAACGAGUAAGGUGCUAUUAUGGAAUAUUUAAAAAUGAUAAAAUCUCUCACUAAACUAGUAUGUAAUGGUUGUAUUUUUAGCCUUGAAAACAUAUUUGCUAUGGAAAAACUGUAUGUUUUUGUCCGUUUAUUUACUUGUAACAAUUAAGCCCUACAAAUGAUGUGAUGAUGUAGAUUAAACAUUCGUGUAACAUGGGUCUUCACUAUAAAUUGACCCUUCUUUAACUUUCUUGUGAAUUUGUGAAAAUUCCAAAAAUUUAUGUUAUAUUUUUUCAAUGUAUAUCACUUUAUUAUCAUUUUUCUUCAACUUUUUAUUUCUUACAUCUUUUUAUAUAUUUUUUAUGGUAAUUUUUUUUGAUUUUAUGUCUUUUUUCUAUGAAAAAUAGUUUAAACUCAGAUGCAAAAAUUCGACAUACACUUGAUCAAAAUAUGACUAUAUAAAUUUCACUGGUCUGCAGCCCCGGCUCUAUUCUUAGUGAUUCUUUCCUUUUAAAUCCUGAGGUACAGCUGUAUCGUCCCAAACACCAGUAGUACUCCGCCAACAUGCUUGCAUUCCACUUCCCUGGAAAACUCUUCUCCUCUUAGCGAUGUCUUGAAGAAGUCUAGGUGCGCGCGAGGGAAAUUUACCAAACCUAAUCUAUCCAACUUUCCUUUUAUACACUGAGAUAUAGCUGUAUCGUCCCAAACACCAGCAGUACUGCAUUGACGAGAUCAUCUAAUUCGGCCAGAAGUUGAAAUAAGUAGGGGAUGUCCUCCACAAACGAAGAGUUAUGGUGGAAAACUGAGGUCAUAAUGAGUUUCAGUUCAUUUUAUAUAGGAAUCGUCAAGAAUGGUGUUAGGUCCGGUUUUCAUACAGAUUUAUACAACUAAUUUUAAAAACAGAAACAACAAAUAAUAAUGUUCUAUGAAAAUAUUAAACCUAAAGGGAGUUUAAGCCACAUUUGUUAUUUCUUUGUUGCGUUAGCUCAAAAGAUUUAAUACUUAUGAAUCUUCUAAAUAUUUCACUUUGCCAGAAUUAACGGGGGGAUCAAAUUAUAGUGAAUAAACCGAUACACCUAUUUUUACAGAAAAAACCAGUUACGUUUAAUGUUAAUAAUCGAAUUUUAAUACAUAUAUACUAUUUUUUCAAAUAGCACGAAAAAUAUUUCUCUAAAAACUUUUGAGAUUUAUCAAAAACUGGUAAUCUAUAUCAUAUACUUAAUGUUUAUACAGUAACAGUUACAAUUUAUUAUACAAAUUUCAUAUAAAAAAAUUGAUUAUUUUUUUAUCGUUCAAUUAGUAAUUCCCAAGUUUGGUGAUUACUAUCCGGUUUCAAAUAUUGGUAUUGAAAUUAAUUUAGCAAAAAAAUAUUUCAUUUCAAAUAAUAUAUACAUAUUCAUUUAUAUUAUAGCAUUUCUAUAUAUAUUUUGUAUACAAAAUUUUUACUGAUACUGUAAUUAUAUUUUUAUUGUAACGUUAAUAUCUUCUAUAUUUUAUUGUGUACAAAAUUUAUUACAAUAAACUAAAUGUAAAAA